GGUUAAAACAAGGAAAAUGUAGUAGAUAUCGAAAGGGGUGGACGAGGGUAAUGGUGAGUCGACUGACGCGAUCAUAGCGGCGUUAGGCACGCGCACGACAUGCGCGUAGUAUCCCUGUACGCGCAUGUUUCUUCUCCGCAAAACGGAUCGAUGCUGGAAAUAGCUCAGCCCGCAGGAGAGUACGAGGUGAGUCGCCUUCGCUUUCGGUACGAACUUCCUUGCAUUUCGUUACCCGAUCGAAUCUUUUUCCAGAACAAGAAAAGAGCUUCUUGGUGGUUGAAGUGUCAUCAUCGUUUGUCUCAUCUCUGUUCGAUCACUUCUUUCUCUCUGUAUCUCUCUUUUUCUUUCUCUUUCUUUCUCUCUCUCUCUCUCUCUCUCUCUCUUUCUCUAUCUAUCUAUCUAUCUAUCUAUUUAUCUCUCUCUUUCUCUUUCACAUACAUUUUCUAUCUGAUCUCGGCUCCUUUUGCUUCCGAUUCAAUAUCGAGUGCAAUAACUCCAUAUUAUUUUUCUCAUUAACGUCAAUAUCAAAGGAGAGUUUAUUGCGAAAUGACGCGAAAAAAAUGUGCACCCUAUCGAUGUGGCUGAUGAGAAGCAACUCGCUCGAGCCAGUGGAUUGAUCGCCGUCUCAGCAACCGCUGACGUCGAGGCAUCCACCGUGUGUCAUGCAGCAUGUUAAUUGUAUCAACUCGCUGAGAGCUUCCACUUUCCGUCAAUUAUGUGUUGCGAACCAAGCUCUUUCCUUGUUAGCUAUACUACAAAACUCGAAGAAGGCUCUCCUGCAAAACGGUAGGUCUUAGAGAAUGCACAAGCUAGCCAAGGGAUUGAAAAAGAAGAAAAAGUCGAAGAAAAGUAAGAAGGGUGAGGAGGAAGAGUUCGAUCCGGAAGAACUCGAGCGUUACCGGCGUGAACGUGCGGAGCGAGCGGAGCGGGCCGAGCAGAAAGCCGAGGAAUCUGGUGAACCGGCUGCGGCCGGCAAUGCUGGCUCCGACGAGUGGCGAAAAUUUGAGGCUUUGACAGCGGGUGUCGAUUCGUUGUUAAAAAAGACUCAAGGUGAUCUCGAUCGUAUCAAAUCGGUUUCGUUUUUCCAACGGAAGCCAGCGUUAGACGAGAGGAAGACAGAAGAAGAGGAACAGAAAAAAGAGAAAAAGAAGAAAUCCUCUUCGAAGAAGUGGAUUGGUUUCGACGAGGAAGGAAAUCUCGUUGAGAAAGAGCCUGGUGAGAUUGGUGCAGUCGAAGGUGAACUUGGCAAGACAAGCGCAAAGCCGCUUGUCAGUGAAAACGGUUUUGUCGAGAUUCCGGAUGACGAGGAUGAACAAGAGGAUUCAGCAGACGAGGAUAUCUUCGAUACAACCUACGUUGACGUCCUUCAAAAUAUCGACGUUCAAUUAGCCUAUAUACCUGAUAGUCCUGUAAAAGAAGAUUUAGACGACGAUCCCUUCGAUACUACUAACGCUGAGAAAGUACUCAAAACAGUUGACAGUAAAGGCAACAAAUUAGUCAGUCUUGGUAAUGCUGUUGAAAUUCUCUCCGGUAGGAUCGAUCAUGUGAGUACAUGUAAAUUACCGCCUAAAAGUAAAAAGAAAUCAGUCGUACAACAGGAUUUACUGCUGGACGAUUUUGACGAGGUCGAAGGUGGAAUUAUUCCUGAAGGUGUUGCUGAGCCAAUCGAAGUUGAGAAAUCACUUUUAGAUGACGAUUCCGAUCUACCGGAUAUACCAAUUGAUCUAACGAAGUUACCUCCGGUAUUACCGAAACCUGUCACGCCUGUAAACACGCAAGAAACUGAAGUAAUCUCAACCGAAACUAAAGAAUCCAUUGACAUCACAGAAUUCGAGUUGCUUAAGGAAAAGACGAUUUUAGAGGAGAUCCCUGAUUUGGAUGAUGCUGAAUUUGAUUUAAACGAACCCGUCGAUAAUCCGAUCCGUCUCGAGGAAGCCGAAGAUCCAUUUGGUGAAAAGGAACCAGAAGCUAAGGAUUUCCAAAGUGAGAUCAUCGAGGCUAGCUUCGAAGCAGCAACAUUUGUCGACGAAGAGGAUCCUUUUGACACUACUUUCGCCGAUAAUAUAUUACCUGGCAAAACAGAACUCAAAUUCAUUGAGAAAGAAUUAGAAGAUUUACCAGUUUCUACGGUUUCUAUAUCGCUCACUGAUCCAGCUGGCUUAAAUAGAGACUACGAAACAGGCUUACCCAAAACUGAGGAAAGUAGUAAUGUAACUAACAAGGAUUUGUUAAGUAGUUCGACGAGUGAUUUGAGUUUAAUCGAUCCACCCAUCGCACCAGUUGAAGAGAUCACGUAUGUUGAUCCUUUCGAUACAUCAGCGAUAAGGGAAAUACCACCAGGCAAAACAGAAUUGAAAUUUCUUGAAAGAGAACUUCUCGGUGAACAGGCAAAGACUGAUAGUGUUCUCGAAGACGACGACGAUUUUGAUCCUAGAAAAGAAACACCACCAGCGACUCCUGUAGUGAAACCUCCUAUAAGGCCAACUCCACCAGUUUUUCCUGUCAAGCCUGAAUUUAAGGUCAACUUCGAAACAGAAGAACAAGAAGAACAGAUUGUUAAUAACGUAUCGAAUAAUCGUGGACGAAAAGCUUCGAGACCAGAAGUGAUCGAACUACCAAUUACAAAAAGUGUUGCUUUUGAAUUACCAACACCUUCAAAUCGACCUGAUCUUCUAGCAACUACAGACGAAGAGAAAUCGUUACCCUCGAAACCUCUAACACCAUAUUAUACGCAAAAAUCGAUUGACGAGGCUUUACCAGCUGAAGACGAGGCAAUUGAUGUCGAUCCCUUUGACACCAGUUUUGUAGCUAAAGUCACUCCUGGAAAAACGGAACUCAAACUCAUCGAGUCGGAAUUGUUGGAACAAGAACCAAAGUUAUCUCACAGUGUCAGUGAUCACGAAAUUGAUACCAGAUCUCAAAGUGAAACGUCCAGAAGGAAAAGCGAUUUCACCGCUACUUCUUUGAGGCCUACCAAUUUAGAAUUUGCUCAGGUACCUAAUCCAUUAAAAGAAAUAAUUGAAGCGAAUUCAGAAAAACAGAAAAUCACUAGACGCGAAAGUUUGCUCGAUGCCGAAGUAGAAGUCGAUGCGAAGCCUCUCACGCCACGAGUAGAGACGAAAACUAUUGAAGAAGAAGAAGAAAUUUCUUACGUGGAUCCUUUCGACACUUCCAUCGCCACCAAUAUUUUACCUGGAAAGGCAGAACUAAAAGUUUUAGAAAGCGAACUGGAGCAAAUAACCGAACAAGUACGUCCGAAUCCUAUCAUUUUAAGUUCAAUUGUUGCACCGUCAGUAUCGGAUGCAGAAGAUUUUAAUCCAAGAGCCGGCGAAGUGCCAGAAUCGAAAGAUUUUCUAUGCUCGGACGACCAAGAUCCAGGUGCAAAAGUAUUGACGCCCCUUCAAUCCAAAAACAUCGCUUUAGGGGACGAUAUAGAUCCAUUUGAUACAAGCUUUGCUACAAUUGGACCAGGAAAAACAGAGCUGAAGAUCCUUGAAUCUGAACUGAUAUUGAUCAGUUUAAACCUGAUUAAUAUUUUCACUUGUUAUUUUAUAAAUUUAAUUAAAAUGGAUUCAAAAGGUGGAAAUCCUUUCCUAAUGGACGAUUACACGUCCGAGCCGGAUAAUUCGGUUCACGGUCAACAAGAAUUGAAUCCUUUCCUAGAAUCCUUCACAGAUACGACAACUUCGGAACCUGGAGAAAAUCCAUUUUUAAAUAUCACUAGUGAUCAAUCUUAUCAACCACCGGUGAAUGUAGAAUCAACGAAUCCUUUUGCAUCCUUUUGCGAAGAAAAUAUAUUUAAUUUAUCAGAGAGCACAAAAGAAGAAGAAGAAAAGAUUAGUCAACCUACACAAGCAGCACCUGUACAAGCUAAGAAUGGGAAACCACCGCCAUCAAGACCUCCACCGCCCAGACCACAACCACCUGCACCACCGAAAAACACAAAAGACCUUAUCUUAUCGGUUACAGGCGCAAUGGAUGCUACAUCUAAUCAUCUUCUGGAUCGCCUACAAGCUACAAGAACUCCAAGUCCAACUCUGAUGCAUUCACCUUCUCCAACACCGGAACAUAGUUUUGCCGAUUUCCUAGAUGUUGAUGGAAAUGUACCGGAUUUGAUACCUUACGAUAAUGAAGCCGCAGAACCGCCGAAAAGUAGUCAAGACAUUUUAGAUUUAUUUGAUGCUCCAAACACAGACACAACGUCCACGGCAACCUUUUCAAUAGAUACUACGAAUUUGAUCACUGAUGUAGCAGUGACGAGUACUGCUCAAGAGAACCCAUUCGUUAGCAUAACUGAUCAGGAAAUUGAAUCGACUGCCCCAGCGGAAGGUGCUUUUAGUUCUUUCUAUCCAGAAGCUGCUUCAGUCAGCAUGGAAAAGAGAGCAUCGGUGUCUUCCACAAUGGCUUUCCCUAUUCAAGAAACAGAAAAACAAGCAGCCGUUGAUCUAGAUUUUUCAACGGAAACAUCGGUUUCUACAGAUCAACUAACCUCAGUAACGACUGCUGAAUUAUUUUCUACGGCAACGACCGAACAAAUUUCCACUACAGUCGAGUCUCCCUUCUUCUCCAUAUCUGACAACGCAAGUACAAUACAAUAUGGAGUGACGGAAACAUCAGCCACAUCAUUAUCAACAACGCAGCAGAUCACCCAACCCAUAUUUUCAAUGACAGAUACCCAACAAAAUGUUUUCUCUUCCGAUCUCCUAGGCGAUUUUAAUGAACCCACUAAAGAAGUGAGUGGAUUGAUCUCAACCAGUCCGAUACCAGCUGCAGAAUAUCCUGGAACUGAUACGCAAUUGGAUAAUUUCGCUGCUACCACUAAAGCCAUUGAAAAUACUGGUGAUGCAUUCGAUGCUUUCGCAUCGAAGUUCGAUAAAGCAGCUGAGCCAGAAACGAGUGCAGAUCCAUUCUUGGAUGCUUUUGGUAAUACUGGACCUACAGCAAUGGAUACGUCCAGUGACGUAUGGGGAGACUCAUCAGGCGGUGGAGAUACUGGAGUUACUGGAUUCGAAGAAAAUGACGGUUUUGAUUCCUUCUUAAGCAUGACAGCACCACCACAACCGGAAACUAAAGUGAAACGAGCAGAUUCUGGCGACUCGGACGAAGGUCCUGACUUCAGUGUCUUCAUAAAACCAAAAGAAGGAGAUCAACUUACUCAGUCUGAAGUUGGACCAGUACCAGUUUUAGCGCCACCACCGAAGAGUCCACAGAAUUCUGCGUACACUGAUUCAUCGUCACGGUUUAAUCCCUUCGAUAAAACAGGAGGAUUUGCCCAAGAAGCUGUGGUUCCUACAGAGACAGCUCAACCUGAAAUAACAAGAACAGAUUCCCAAGAAACACCACCGACUCCGUUGUUUGACGAGGAUGUGAGUCAACCUUUGGAAGAUUUUCCACGAGUUACGUACACAGGUGACGGCUGGGAAAUGCAGUUACGUCAACCGAACAAAAAGAAGAUCACUGGACAACGGUUCUGGAAGAAGAUAUUCGUGAAACUAGUUUAUCAGGGUGAUAAUCCGGUUCUUCAGUUGUUUAAUAGCAAAGAUGAUAAAGAUCCAUUCCAAGAGUUACCUCUUUUGGCCUGUUAUUCUGUUUCGGAUAUCGGAGCUCAACAAUUCGAUCAAUUUGGAAAAAUAUUUACGGUGAAGUUGCAAUAUAUUUUUUACAAGGAACGACCUGGAGUACGACCUGGACAGGUUACUAAAACCGAACGAUUAACAAAUAAACUCAGUCAGUUCGCUGCUUAUGCAAUUCAAGGUGAUUAUCAGGGUGUUAAAGAGUUUGGUAGCGAUUUGAAAAAGUUAGGUCUUCCCGUCGAACACGCGGCUCAGAUAUCUCAAUUGUUCAAACUCGGAUCACAAAAUUAUGAGGACAUGAAAACAUUUUCUUGCGCUAUUGAAGAGGCUCUUUUCAGGCUAUCGGCUCACAGAGAUAGAGCACUUAAUUAUAAGAUGGAAGAAGUUCAAAUAACAGUGGUUGAUGAAUUAUACGUCGAGCAAAGUGCCGAGGGUUACGUAGAUAAACAAAUAGCUCGUGUUCGUCUUUUCUUCUUGGGUUUCUUAUCCGGUAUGCCCGAUGUUGAGCUGGGAAUAAACGACAUGUGGCGUCAGGGUAAAGAAGUAGUUGGAAGACAUGAUAUUAUUCCUGUUGUUACUGAAGAAUGGAUCCGUUUGGAAAACGUUGAAUUUCAUGCUUGUGUCCAACAAGACGAGUACGAGAAGUCGAGGAUCAUAAAGUUUAAACCUCCUGAUGCAUGUUAUAUCGAAUUAAUGAGAUUUCGAGUAAGACCACCUAAAAAUAGAGAAUUACCGCUUCAAUUAAAAGCAGUAAUGUGCGUUACUGGUAACAAGGUGGAAUUAAGAGCAGACAUAUUGGUACCAGGAUUUGCCUCUAGAAAACUCGGGCAAAUUCCUUGCGAGGACGUGAUGGUGCGUUUCCCAAUUCCAGAAUGUUGGAUCUAUCUAUUUAGGGUAGAGAAACAUUUUAGAUAUGGUUCGGUAAAAUCAGCGCAUAGAAGAACCGGUAAGAUCAAAGGGAUCGAAAGAUUUUUGGGAGCUGUAGAUACGUUAGAACCUCAACUGAUGGAAGUUACGUCUGGACAAGCCAAAUAUGAACAUCAGCAUCGUGCUAUUGUAUGGAGAAUGCCUAGAUUGCCUAAAGAAGGACAAGGUGCGUACACAACGCACCAAUUGGUUUGUCGCAUGGCUCUAACUUCCUAUGACCAAAUCCCGGAAAAUCUUGCUGAGUACUGUUACGUCGAAUUUACCAUGCCGGCUACUCAAGUUUCGCACACUACAGCGAGGAGCGUCAGCCUUCAAAAUAACGAUAGUGACGCUCCGCCAGAAAAAUACGUUCGUAAUUUAUCGCGGCACGAGUACAGAAUUGGUAUCGAACAUACACAAGGCGAGGGACCAGGAGCGUAUGUGACAGCUACGCUAACAAAGAAAAUUCCUGAAACAACGCCAGAAACUCACGGUGAAGUUUCGGAUACCCCGGCUGAAUCCGAUUCCGAUUCUUCGGAGUAAGUUUCUAGGUGUGAAUUCUUCGAGGUCGCACGAGAUGAUCGUUCUUCUCGAGUGUAUGAUAGUACUAUAUUAACGAUAUCGUAUGUCUAUGAAAUAACUGAUGAAGUAUUCUAUAACUGAUCGACGAAGCGUUACUCACUGUCUCUAGUCGCUCGAGUUAAAUCGAAUACUAACUUCGCUAUUGUACUUAUUGCAAAUUUGCCUGUAUAAGAAAAGAGAAGGACGUGUAAAUCGGUACAGGCUGUUUCGUAAGUUAAAUAUUAUACCUACUAUUCGCAUGGGAGAUAAUAUAAUAUCAGUUCCGAUGAAAAUAUCCGAUGAAUAACGACACGGCUACGAAAUAACAGGAAAGAGUAUAACGACGAGCAAAUUAACACAUAUUUCGAGCAACCGUAAGCGUUAAAACAUUCCUUUUGUGUUUUGAAAAAGAAAACCCGAAUAUAUAUUGUCCGUUCGUUAAAAUUCAUUAUUUCUGUAUCCUGUUUUAGCUCACGAAACGCCUUGCAUCUAUUUACACGCACAACGUAGUACAUAAUGAACUAAUAAAUAUGAAAAAAAUUAAUUUAAGAGACGACAAUACUGCUGUUCUGUUCAGCUUAGCUUGCUAAGUCGUAGAACACUUGCGGUGGAAGGCUUUGAUAAUCGCUUCAUGUUUCAAAGACUGAACGAUAUUAAAAGAAUUAUAAAAAAAAAAAUGGAGAGCAUUUGGUAAAAAUUUCUAAUUGUUGUUAAUAAUUAUAAUAAUUCAUUCUAAUUAGAAACAAAUUAGAAACUAAUUAGAAACAAAAUUCUAUUAAUGAUAUGGAAACGGUAAUACAGAAAAUAAAAUUCUAGCGAAUAUUACUUAAAUUCAGAAACAAAUACAAGUUCUAAUCAUCCCAAACUAUAAAUAGAUUUAAAAUCAGCAUUUAUAAUUUAAUUUUAAUUGUCUAUUGAGAUUAUUUCAAUAUAUUUAUUAAAAGACGAAAAUAUAAAAUGCGCUAGUCAUUGUCUUGUCAAAUAAUCUGAAUAGAAUAUUUCGAUUUAGAUAUAUGUAUACAUGUAUAAUUCUUUAAUGUUUAUUUUUUUUUGUUAUAUUAUCAUUAUGUUUUAUACAUCGCUACAUCGUGAUAACGAUCAGAGAGAAAUAUUUAUCGAGUAAAAAGAUAUAAGGCUCGUUAUGUAAUAUUUGUGAUCGUUCGCGUAUCUUAUUCUAGCUUGCAAUUAGUAUAAAAAAUGAUUGUUAUCUAGUCUCUAGUCGCUUAUAUUUAGUAGAUUGCAAAAAUUGAUAAUCAUUCAUCGAAUUUGUUGCAUGUAGAGAUCGAACGAAAAGAUCUAAUUUGAUUACGAUUCUCAUGGGUACCGGAAGAAAUUUAUCAGAAAAUAUUUUCGAUUUCAGAUAAUAUUUAAAACUUACAUCGUUCCAUAAAAUAAUGAAUCAAUGAAAGAUAAAAAGAACUAGAAUAAAAACAAUUCAGUUCCUACGAAUAAUUACAAUUAUCAAAAAUUCUUUUUACUCGUUUUUAAAAUGAAACGAAAUAUAUUAGUAUCGUAAGUCUUAGCUGAAAUCAUCCUAGAUGAUUCUUAAAAAUUAUUUUUCCAUUCGUCGUGUUCAUUAGAAAGAAGAUGAUUGCGUGACUAAUAAGAUAACGAGAGUUAAUGAAGACUUUAAUUGCCAUUAAAUACGCCAAUCGUGAGAAACGUAUCCAACUUGAAUUUUAACAUUGGAUCUCGACAUGACGCAUAUAUAAUUAUAAUAUUCGUAAGUUAAAAAUAAAAAGCAUAGAAUCGUAAUAAUCGCAAAAGGUAUUGACUAUUUAAUGGUGCAUCGCAAAUCUAUGAGUGAAAAAAAUGUCUAUGUGAAAAAAUUUGCAGUGAUAGGGAUAUAAUAUUACAAUAUAUUAGCAAUAUGAACAAAUAUAUAUAUAUAUAUAUAUAAAUUAUAUAAUAAAUAUUUAAAUACGUGAAUAACUCUUAAAGGCAGAUAAUAGGAGUAAGUUUAAACUUAAAGAUACAAGAGCAUAAGCUUCCGUUAUCUCGUUAUAGUUCCUUUACGUUAAACGUUAUUACGAUUGGCAAGAAUUGCCAGAAUUUCGAAAAAGAGCUAGACAUAAAAAAAAAAAAAUUAAAUUAAAUAGAAUGUUCAAAAAUAAUACGAUCUACGAGAUUUGCGAAGAUGUAAGAAGAUUCGACAAGUGUAACAAUAUCAAACGUAACUUUAAUAGGUAUAUAAGAUUAUCAGUACUUAAACUAGUCAUAUAAGUUUCAGUUAUUUUAUCAACUUUUUUAUUUACGCAUUUUCUUCCCUCAGUGGAAGACAAGGAAGAGUACACUCUAGUCCCUAGUUUGUAAGGAAGACACUGAAGAUGAAAAGUGUCAAUUCGCCAGAGAUAAGUUUAUCGAUAAGUUAUACUAUAAGAUUAAAUUAAAUGUAAUGUGUUUCCAAAUGAAUAUGCCAAUUAAAUCGUAGAUAAAUAGACAUAAUAAUAAUUUAAUCGUCAUUGCUCUGAUCGUUAUUAGUAUUACAUUUCUUUGUUUUCUCUUCGAAUGUACCUAUUUGCAAUGAGUUCUCCUUGAGAACUUGCGUUUACUCUUACAUUAGUUUUAAUUGUAAUUUGUAUUUAUUUAUAGAAAAGACAACGAACCGGUAUCUGUCAAUGCGAAUACGAUAAAAAUUUGAAGAUAAGCUUUCCGAAAGAAUUAAAAAAGCAUAACGUGAUAAUUAUAAAGCGUUUUGACGUCUUUGAAACUAAAAAACGAACAAAGCUUUUCAAUCAAUAGUGUGAAGGUCUGUUUGUGUUGGUACCUUAAACGGAUUUUGGGCGAGUUUCUAUUGUGGAACCUUGCACCAAGAUAUGUUAUUUCCAGCUCGUGAUCUCAAAUACGCGUAAUUGCACUUUAGUGCGAUCCAGAAUGACGUUCUAAAGGAACAAAAAAAAUAAUUAAAACAAUUAUACGAUGCAUGUAUAGCUCUUAUGUUAGCGGGAAUGUUUAUUAGUAUAUACGCGUAAUAUUUGCGUGUCCAUGAUAAUUUUCACAAAGAGAGAGAGAGAGAGAGAGAGAGAGAGAGAGAGAGAGAGCGAGAGAGAGAGAGAGCGAGAGAGAGAGAGAGAGAGUGAUAGUGAGAAAGAGAAAGUAAAAAAUUGAUAAACGUAGAUUUUAAGUUUAGAUACGAGGAGGUAGUGGACAAUCUGACGAAGACAUUAAAUUCUGUUUAGAAUAUACUCUUUUUCCUCAUCAAUGUAUUGUUUUUAAAUCGUAAUCCAGAAUUUCUCAACAGAAAAAAAUUUACAAAUAUUUAAAGACAGUCCUCAUAGUUAAUCGAAUCAUUUCGAGACAUUCUUAUAUUAUUUUUUUUUUUUAUAUUUUCUUUUUAUAAUUUAAUUUCAAUCAAGAAACACGGAUAUAAAGCAAAGUGAUGUUUGAUCGCCACCUCCGUCGUCUUAGCUUCUAAAAAUGUCAUGUGAACACUUCAAUUAAUCCUUCCCUAUUCUCCUAAAGAAAGGAGAUGUAAUUUAUUUGCAUGCGAGUCUUAAAAAUAGUAGAUAUUAAGUAUGAGAAUGACAAUGAUAAUGAUGUUAAUGAUAAUGAUGAUGUUAAUUCAAUCGUCAUAAAGAAAUUAAAUAUAAGAGAGCACGUUAAACCAAGCGUCAUAAUUGUUUUGUAAAAUCUAUUUUCUAUGACGAAUUAGAAGGGAAGAUUCGUAAAAACACAAAGAUAAAUGUCUAUCUUCUUUAUCGUACAAAAAUAAUUUCAGUAUCGAUAUUAGACGAAAUAAUAGAGUUACUUCAUUGGAAGAAAAAGAAUAUUAAAAUAUAAUCGGAAUCGAAAGAAAUUAAUUUGAAUUUUGAAUGCAAUGAACUUCGAACUUUCUUUUUUUCAAAUUCUUUCGAUAAAGCAAACACAAAGUAUUAUCGUAAAAUAAAAUUUUAAGAAGGAUAUACUUUCCCGAAAUGAAAAUGGAUUUUUAUUUCUAUUCGUUUGUCUUAAAGCCCGUUUUUACGUUUACGUUGACAACAACGACGACGACUAUGUUACGUCUAUAAGCGCUAAACAUACCUAUCGCGAUAUGAAAGUACAUACUUAAUAUAAAGAAAUAGCAAUGACCUCAUUGCAAUGUCGAAGAUCGAUCGUUCGUCGAUUCGUAUGACGAGUAACGAUUUUCAAAUUAUUUAGAUCUUAGAGCUAUAUGAAUGCAUAGUUUCAAGUCGAACAUCGUGAUUAGUACUUAUCUACAUCUUUUCGCGUUUAAUAAGAAAUUUCAAGAAAGAAAUGAAUAAAAAAGAAAAAACACAAAAAAAAGACAAAGGAAAAAAAAAGAAAAGAGAAUAGUAGUAAGAAAGAGCAAGCAAUGAAAAGUUCUACGCAUAUACUUUUUCGCAUUGGAUAAAUCAAGGCCGACGACGAACACGAAGGAGGAUGACGACAUCGAAGUUGAAGUUCAUUUUGAAAAGAACUCAUUUAGUGUGGCAUCGUCAUGCGGCAACGCUCAUAAAAAUACGUGCGAAUAUUUGAAAGUGCUUUUAAAGGUGGUAAGAUCUAUUAAAAAUGAUGGACGACGAGAGAGAACCAAAACUUGUCGAUCGAAGAAUUCUAAUCGUCCGGAAUAAAAGAGAGACAGAACUGUAUCUAUCUAGUCGCUGAUCUGUAACUUAUAUAAAUAAUUAUAUAUAUGUAUAUAUAUAUAUAUAUAUAUAUAUAUAUAUAUAUAUAACUGUUACGUAUGAAAACCUUAAUGUAUGACUAUAUUAUAUAUGUAUAUGUAUGUAUGAUUUAAUUGUAUUCUAAACGCAGCUAUAAUCCAAUCAAGUUAUAAAGAAGAAAAAGAAAGAAGAAAAAGAAGAUACGCACGUACCAAAGAAGAAAGGGAAAACGAAAUAUAUUUCGUCGUGUAUCAUAAAUCCCAAUGAAGCGACUUCGGAGAAAACAAAAACCACAAAGGGAAAUAAACAGAGAUAUAAAAUGGGGAAAAAAAAAUAUAGAGCGAGUGCAAUACUGUUAGCCAAUUGUAUCAUUGAUAAAUUCUAUGUAUCGAUAAAUAAUAUAACAUUGUUUAAGCGAUA